AUGGGCGAUCCCAAUGACGCAAAGCUGAACGCCAUCAUCAAGAAGCUGCUGGAGGCCAGAGAAAAGAAGCCGGGGACAAACGUGAACCUGACCACGGACGAGGUGACGAUGCUGAUCGACCAGAGCAGCGAGGUCAUCCAGAAUCAGCACGCGCUGCUCGAGCUGGAGGCGCCGAUACAGAUCGUGGGCGACAUCCACGGGCAGUACCACGACCUGCUGCGCCUCUUUGAGCACUGCGGCUUCCCUCCGGAGGCAAACUACCUCUUUCUCGGCGACUACGUGGACCGCGGGAAGAACGGACUCGAGUGCAUGUGCCUGCUGCUCGCGUACAAGGUCAAGUACCCGGAAAACUUCUUCCUGCUGCGCGGCAACCACGAGUGCGCCUCGAUCAACCGCAUCUACGGCUUCUACGACGAGCCCCCUCCCCCCCCCCCCCCCUUCCCGCUUGCCCCGCCCCACCCCUCCGUGCCGAGCCCGCUCAUCCUCCAGCCGUCGCGCGCGCGCGCGGGGCAGGUGCCUGACGCGGGCCUGCUCUGCGACCUGCUCUGGUCGGACCCGGAGGCGGAUAUUACGGGGUGGGCGGAGAACGACCGCGGCGUCUCCUUCACGUUUGGCGCCGACGUCGUCUCGAAGUUCCUGCAGAAGCACGACUUCGACCUCGUCGUGCGCGCGCACCAGGUUGUCGAGGACGGGUACGAGUUCUUUGCCGACCGGCAGCUAGUCACCAUCUUCUCGGCGCCAAACUACUGCGGCGAGUUUGACAACGCGGGCGCCGUCAUGUCGGUAGACGAGAGCCUGAUGUGCUCCUUCCGCAUCCUCAAGCCGACAGAGAAGCACAAAUUCGGCUUCUCGGCGAACCGGCCGCUGACGCCGCCUCGGAAGCGAUGAUCAUCGGGCUCGACCUCCUCCUCUGGCAUCUCUCACGGCGCAGCCGCGCCCAGCGCAGGGAGGCGUGGCCGGGGCGGCGCCCACGCGCACAUGUAUCUCAUCAUGUAAACGUCAGUAGCCGCUCGGGGACCGGCGGCCGGCGCUCCCCCUCCCCACCCCUCGCGGGACGGCCCGCCCGUGCAGAGGGUGCUGCGCCGUUCCGACAUACGGCCGAGAAACUCCGCGUGUAAUCCCAUCCCUCUAUAAGCUCUCUCUAUCUACAAAUAUAGACGCCUAGAUCUCGC